CCCCUUUCCCACCACUCACUCUCCUCCUUCCCACCCCGGCCAUUGGCUUGACUUCUUUAGGUCUGUCAGUCAGUCAGACACGGCGAAGAAGAACAGAGGUAGAAAGAAUCGCCGAGAGAGUGGCUGGCACUGUCACUGAUCCCGUCGCCGGCGUUCGAGUUUUAAUGGCCGCAGAACCGAGAUGGGGAUCCGGAGGUGGUGCAGCUGCGCUGCUGCUGCUCCUGCUCGUUGCUGCUGCUUCGAUCUGCCAUGCCGCGUCCAAUUUUCUGCCGGUUUCUGAUGCUCACCGAUCUGCUGCGCUCGAGCUCUUCGCCCCCGUCGAUGGAUCCUUUGGAAGCUUAGAAGAGACUUCUGAAGCCUUGCAAUCAUUUGACAUUCUUGGAAUUGAGAGGAGGACCAAUGUACGCGGGUCUACUUGCUCAUCGGCAGUGGAAGUUCUCGGCUCAUCAUCUUCGCCCGUAAAGGAUGUAUUCUACGCAUUGAAAGUUAGCAGCCUUUUAAAAUGUGAUGUCAGGCAGUCCCAGCUUGAGGCCAUAGCUUCAAGACUUAAGUCUGUUCCAAGCGAUGCCAGUUCAUUGAAUGACUUCUACUACUCAAUUGGGGGCUUGGUUCUUAUUAAGAAUCAAAUUCCUGUAGUUGAUGUGCUGCUUGAGGAUGCCGAUAAGGUUUUUCAGGCAAUUAAGGCUCUGAGCCAGAGUGAUGGAAGAUGGCGCUAUAGUUCUGAUAAUCCUGUAUCCAGUACAUAUGCCGCUGGAAUGGCUCUUGAAACACUGGCUGGAGUCAUCUCUUUGGCAUCGAACGAGAUAGGGCAAUCAAGGAUUGAUGCUGUGAAGAAUGAUAUACUAAAGCUUUUUGACAGUAUUGAGAAAUAUGAUGAUGGGACCUUUUAUUUUGACGAGAAGGUUGAUGGUGUGGGUCCUCUUGCAACAACCUCAUCAGUCGUACAAGGCCUUACAGCGUUUGCAUCUACUGCUUCUGGAAGAGUGAAACUUCCCGAGGACAAUAUACUUGGUCUGACAAAAUAUUUCCUUAGCAUUGGAAUUCCUGGAGAUGCCAAGGAAUUUUUCAAUCAAGUGAACUCUCUUAGUUGCUUGGAAAACAGCCGGGUUUCUGUUCCUCUUAUAUUGGCACUCCCUGCCACAGUGGUGUCUUUGACAAACAAAGACAAGCUCAAAGUCAGGGUAACUACGGCACUUGGUUCUAGAUCUCCCCCCUUGAAAGUGAAGCUGGUGCGUGCUUUCAUUUCCGGUUCAAAGGACGCUUCUGUAAUUGAGAAUCAGGAACUCAUCUUUGAUUCAGAAGGCGCUUUUCACAUCCUGGAUUUAUUGCCCACAUCCAUUGAUGUUGGAAAAUACACAUUUGUUUUCGAGAUUGUGCUUCAAGAUUCAGAAGAUGCGAAAGUUUAUGUCACUGGCGGCCAAACCAAAGUUCCUGUAUAUAUCUCUGCGAUUAUUAAAAUUGAAAAUGCAGAAAUUUCGGUACUUGACAGUGAUCUUGGGAGUGUUGACACACAAAAGAAGUUAAAUCUAGGGAAAGAAGAUGAUGUUUCAUUAGCAGCAAACCACCUGCAAAAGCUGCGUCUGUCCUUCCAGUUGAGUACCCCACAUGGCCAUGCCUUUAAACCUCAUCAGGCAAUUCUCAAGCUUAAACACGAGAAGGCUGAACAUAUCUUCUUGGUCGGAAACUCGGGAAAGAAGUUUCAAGUCAUUCUAGAUUUUCUUGGGUUGGUUGAGAAGUUCUUCUAUCUCUCUGGUAGAUAUGACAUUCAGCUUAGCAUUGGGGAUGCUGUAAUGGAAAAUUCUUUUUGUCAAGACCUUGGUCAUGUGGAAUUGGAUCUACCAGAGGCCCCCGAGAAGGCACCUCGACCAGCUGCACAGCCAGAUGAUCCUUUCUCAAAGUAUGGGCCCAAAGCAGAGAUAAGCCACAUCUUUAGAGCUCCAGAGAAGCGCCCAUCCGAAAAUCUCUCUCUUGCCUUUCUGGCUCUCACUCUGUUGCCAUUCCUCGGAUUUUUGGUUGGGCUAUUGAAGUUGGGAGUGAACUUAAAGAACUUCCCCUCUGCUCCCGUGCCUGCCAUGUUCGCCAUCCUAUUCCAUGUUGGAAUCGGUUCAAUUCUGGCACUAUAUGCGCUUUUCUGGCUGAAGUUGGAUCUAUUCACGACACUGAAGGCGCUCGGUCUCUUGGGAGUUUUCGUGAUGUUUGUGGGUCACAGAAUUCUCUCCCACUUGGCCUCCACAUCGUCGAAGUUGAAAUCCGCCUAAGCCAGUUAGAGACCUACCUCCUGUUCAGGAAGUGGGAUGCUCUGGGGAUCCCUCGGUUCGGAAAUAGAUAAAUUAUCUGGGACAUCUUGACUCGGUUUUGUAGGUUUUGUCCAUCCAAGUCGAAUAACUAGGAAUGAGGAAGGAUGGAUUUUAAUGUACAACGUUGUCAGAGGAAAAGCUAGAUUUGCAUUUCUGUUUGUGUUAGUGAAAGAAUUUUGUUUUCUGACAAUGGAAAAGGCAUAGAUGGAUUUGAUACUUAAAGAAAGGCUUUGUGGCAUAUUUGGU